AUGGACUUUACUGAGAAUCGAUCCCUGCGCCCCCCUGACCAUCCGCAAUUCAACAUUCGACGGAAACCCGUCUCCAACCCCAACAUCCAUCAAAGUUACAGGGAUGAUGGAAACAGAGGAUUGUUGCAACCACCCAGUCCGACUUUCAGAGGUGUGACAAGAAUCUCAUCCCAUGAAGUUCCGCCUGCCCUGCCACCGCGACCACCACUGAGGUCGAAAGCAUCCGCCCAUACCAUUGGUGACCCCCGUUCCGGUCGUCGUGAUGGGGAUCUUGACAACAGUACGUGGAGCGCCACCCCUUUCCAUCGCGCUGCAACAGACAUAUUUCCUGCACCCCACCCACAGCCAUCCCAGUCGCCAGCCUCAGCAACUGUCCAGAAAGCCUACGGCGAAGCUCGACACUUCCUGGGUGGGCUCAUUAGCCACCCUGCAGAGUCCAACAAGCAUUUCUCUAUUCUCCGUCAUUCGCCAGGCGUGAUCUUCUACCGCGGGAGCACAACCUCGGUGACUAUCUCUAUCUUCUCCGAUGCUCCUCUACCACCGGACCGUUCCUUGUGGCUUCAGAACAAGGGCUGGACCGGUAAGACGGGCAUGCGCGCCAAGGCCUUUCUCCGAUUGACAGAUGACUGGUUGGAUAUCACCCCAACUCUGGCCCUCCAUGCAAACCAAGUCGAGCCCAAUGAUGAGCGAGCUUGGCAGCGCGAUAUCUCCAAGUUCCUUAAAAAGGCCUCCUCACGUGUACGAGACACACAGAGGCUCCGUGAAACGGUCGUCGCACGGAUUCCCGCCGAGGCUGAGGAUGGAUACUUCCAAGUAGUUCUUUGCCAGGGGCCGAAGAAGAAGGUUCUCUGCACCAGCCCCGUGUUUCGCAUUCUUUCGACCUCGCUCAGCCCCAGUUCAAUUCGGGGUGCGAGCCUGAGCACCCUGCCACUGGAGGUUGGGGCCAUGGUAAUGGGCCUGUACGCGCAGGCGACCGUGCAGAGGGUCAUCGACCCUGUGUCGACAGUAGUGCAAGCGAGAAUUGACCCGCUCCGGCCAUCGUGGAUGGCGCAGACGGCCGCAGAGACUGCCAUAGGAAUCGGCACGGCGCUGCGUUCCGGCGGCGACGACGGCGAUUCGAACCCUGCGGCGCGGCUGGCUCGAGGCCAGCAGCAGACAAUUCAUCUGGAAUCUGGGCCAAGCCCUCCUUACCCGGUGGCCUUCAAAGCUCAGGGCACACUCCUGCAGCGGGGUGAUUAUUUCGACGCACAAAAACUUCAUCUUAGUAAGAUACCAGAUGUGGUGAUCGACCGCUUGCACGGCUACUUCUUCGGCUGGGCACGUAUCGCCAUCACGAGAGACAACAACAGUGAAGGGGCAAGUGGCCAUUGGCACCAGAUUGUGCUGGCAAUCAGGAACCUCGACCCGUCACAACAAGGCCGGGUCACUCUAUCCCAGGUAAUGAAACGAGUCACUACGCUUCGAUUUCUCGAGGACGUAGAGCUUCCUCCGCAAGCCCGAGUCGAGGUGCGCGUACUUGGCUUUCUCCGCCCCGACCUACCACCACCCACGGGGAGAACCGAGAAGGAGUUGCUCGAGGCUCGCAACGCUGCCGCCGAAGCCGCCAUGCUCGCCGAUUCCUAUGAUGUGACGUAUGUGCAAAAUGUGCUGCAGUACCCGGCCUGGGGACCAGAGGCGCAAAAUCGUGCCGGUCUCAUCGAUCGUACCAAGGGUGGAUUAGAGAACAUUCGAGCCCGCGGACAGAAAGUUGUCGAUAGCGUCCCGCUGCAUCGGCUGGGAGUGAGGUCUCCCGCAGCGGAAAUGCGAGAUCGCCAAAUCACUGUGAGCGGGUUCUACAUCGUUCGAUGA